CACUUAACGAGCAUCAGCCAAUCACUCCAAAGAACAGUGAAAAAUGAGAUAAUUUAUCUUCCUCCUCAUCUUCUUCCUCAAGAUCGAUCUCAUGGCACGGAGCAAGGACAGCAUCGUCUUGUUUCCAUUCAUGGCACAAGGCCAUCUCAUUCCUUUCUUAGCUUUAGCCCAAAAACUCCACCAAACAACAAACUGCACCAUCUUCUUCGUCAACACUCCUCUCAAUAUCAGAAAACUCAGCUCCUCCAUUCCCCCCGACUCCGACAUCCACCUCCUCGAGAUCCCCUUCAAUGGCGUCACCGACUACGGCCUCCCUCCCAACGCCGAGAACACAGACUCUCUUCCCUACGACCUCAUCCUUCUCUUCCUCGAAGCUACUUUAUCUCUCAAACCCUCCUUCAAUCACUUUCUAUCCAACCUUAUCCGUGACCAGAAUGGCCGGAAACCGCUCUGUAUCGUCUCCGACUUUUUCUUCCCAUGGUGCGCAGAGGUGGCCCGUGAAUUCGGUGUGUUCCAUGUGACGUUUUCUGGCUCUUCUAGCUUUGGGUUCGCUUGUUACUACUCAAUCUGUCUAAACUUGCCUCACCGGAGCUCCGAACCCGACGAGUAUUUCACCUUGCCGGAUUUCCCAGAAGCUUCAAAGUUUCAUGUAACGCAGCUUGCAGAACAUAUCAGAGCCGCCGAUGGUAAAGACCAAUUUUCGAGAUUUAUCCAGAGAGUGUUUCACAUGUUGGGGGAGGCCGAUGGGAUUUUGUUUAACACGGUCGAGGAACUUGAUUUGAUUGGAUUGAAUUAUUUCAGAAGAAAGUUUAAAUACCCUGUUUGGCCUAUUGGUCCAGUUCUUUUAACAGCUGAGAGAUCUGCUCGAGCGGGAAUGAAACAAGCCGGAAUCACGACGGAGCUCUUGAAAAAAUGGCUCGACAGUAAACCAGAUAACUCAGUUCUGUACGUGUCAUUUGGGUCGCAAAACACCAUUUCAGCGCAGCAGAUGUUGGAGCUGGCCAUGGCGCUGGAGUCCGCCGGCAAGAACUUCGUCUGGGUUGUUCGGCCUCCGGUGGGAUUUGACAUAAACUCAGAGUUCGACGCCAAAAAAUGGUUGCCUGAAGGAUUUGAAGAGCGAGUCAGUGAGUCAAAAAUCGGGUUACUGAUUAAAAAAUGGGCACCCCAGGUUGAUAUUCUGUCUCAUAAAUCAGUGGGUGCGUUUCUGAGUCAUUGCGGGUGGAACUCUGUGCUGGAGGCUCUCAGCCAUGGCGUCCCCAUACUGGGUUGGCCUAUGGCUGCUGAACAGUUUUAUAAUGUGAAGAUUUUGGAAGAUGAAAUUGGGGUUUGUGUUGAGUUGGCGAGAGGGAAGACGAGUGAGGUUAGGCAUGAAGCUAUGGCGGCGAAGAUUGAGACGGUGAUGAACCAGAUGACGGGGAAAGGGAAGGAAAUGAGAAGGAGAGCCGGAGAGGUUAAAGAGACUACUAGAAAAGCCAACGAAGAUGACGAAGGGUUCAAGGGUUCCUCCGUAAAAGCCAUGGAUGAGUUCUUGAAUGCUGCUUUGGGGAUGAGAGAGAGGAUGGAGAAGGAAAAUGGAAGAUUAUCUUUGCUUCAUCAGAAGACAUGAAUAAACUGGUAAAGGAUGAUCAUUGAUUA